AUGGAUUCCAAGGCCCUUCUUGAUUAUGCUCUGUUCCAACUCACCCCAACAAGAACAAGAUGCGAUCUUGUGGUGUUUUCUGGGAAGAAAAAUGAGAAAUUAGCUUCUGGGCUAGUGGAACCCUUCAUUUCUCACUUGAAAUAUGCUAAAGAUCAGAUUCCAAAAGGUGGGUAUUCAAUUACUCUGCGUCCACCUGUUGAUGCUCCAUGGUUCACCAAAUCCACGUUUCAAAGAUUCGUGCGAUUUGUGAGUACACCUGAAAUUCUUGAGAGGAUGAUAAGAAUAGAACGAGAAAUUUCACAGAUAGAGAGUUCAAUUCAAUCUAAUGAAAUUUCAAACACUGAUGUAGCAGGACACAUCGAGGAAGGAAACUUGUCAACUGCUGAUGGGAUCACAAAGAGCUCAAGGGAUUCCUUGAGGUUAACCGACGAAGAUGGAGUUGAUGGGAGUGCAGUGGAAGAAAAUUCCAAGUUUUGUCUGCAACGUAUUAUGGAUACUCGAAAAGCAUUACUUCAAAAAGAGCAAGCCAUGGCUUAUGCCCGUGCUGUCGUGGCAGGAUUUGAAAUUGAUACCAUUGAUGAUCUUAUAAGCUUUGCUGACACAUUUGGAGCCUCACGAUUAAGAGUGGCAUGCACUGAUUUCAAGGAGCUUUACAAGAAAAAGCAUUCGGACAACCAAUGGAUGGAUGAAUUAGCAGCAGUUCAAGCAUGCUCCAUUCCUGAUCUGUCGUACAUGGUGACGUCUGGAAUUAUGGUAGCCGGUGAAAAAAAUCUCGGUAGUGGGAACUCUGAGGGUCCGUUUGGGUAUAAUGGCUCUAUGGAAUCUACUACAACAAAUUCAGAUGGUGGCAAAGAAAGUAAGCCUGCUUCCGAUCAGACAUCAUCAACUUCAGCUAAAGUACAGUUACAGGUGCCAUGGAUGGAUGGUAUUCCUCCGUAUGCGUACAACUUUCAAAACCCUACUCAACAAUGCCAAGGAUAUCCUUUCCCGGGCAUGCAUCACAUGCUACCUUAUUAUCCUGGGCAUAUGGGAUGGCCUCAAAAUGUGAAUGGUUCUCCAAAUGGCAUUAUUCAACAGUCUAACGGUCAUCAAAAUGAAAAGUCAUCUCAGAGAAAGGAGAAACAUUUAGAUGCGAAUGAAGCAGAAACCACUGAAGAGGAUGAACAAAAUGAAUCUAUUGGCUCUUAUUCCGGGACAGAUUCAGAUGAAAGUAAAAAGCAUGGCAAGAAGCAUUCUUCAAAGGGGCAACCGCAUGUUAAAAAGCACAAGAAAAAGUCCUCAAAAACAGUUGUAAUUCGUAACAUAAACUAUAUAACUUCCAGGAGGCACAAUGAAGAAGAGGAUGGAGUCUCUGAUGAUUCUUCAGCACUUGAUGAAGCUUCCAUCAGAGAGGGGGUGGACAAUGCAAUUGCAUCAUUGGAGAAACAUUCUCACUCAAAAACUCAUAAGAAUAGAGGACAUCGAGGCUCCCAUUCUCAAAAUGGAUCUAUUGAUAAUGCCGAGCAAGAUUUUAAGAAUGAUGUUGAAUCAAGUAUUUCCGAUAGAGUGGAAAAAAAUGGUAGCUGGGACGCCCUUCAGAAUCUUCUCCUGAAUCACGAGGAGUCAACUCCUAAUUGCUCGCAGAAUGAUUACGUUAUGAAUUAUCUGGAUCCUCUAGAUUUCAAGUCUGAGAAAAUUAAGAAACAACCUUUGAUCACUGACGAUGCUAUUCUUGUGAUUCAGAGAAAUGGAGAGAAUGGAAGAGAUGACGUCGUAGAUUUUACAAAUGGUGAAAAUACGCACCCAAUGGUGAAGAGAACUGUUUCUGAAGAUGAGAAUGCAUUGUAUUUGCAAAGAUCUGAAGAAUCAAGGCCGAAUUCACUCAGGGCCCCAUCUGAUUUUGCUGCAGAAACAUCCACUAUUAGAAACCGGAAGGCGGAAGAUUGGUUUGUUAAAUCUUUUGGAGCUUCAGAGCAAAUGGAAUUCGACAAUCUUGGCAAUAUGCCCUAUGAGGGGAACUUUGUUCGCAAAGAAUCAACCCAAAAAACUGCUUUGGCCGACGAUUCCAUUAUUAUAGAGUCUAGACCAGCAGUAUAUGAUCAGUAUGAUUCUUCCUGGAGAACUGAUAUGAGCAUGGUCGAGGACGUAAAUAUGGCUACACAGACUGAAAAUAAAAAUUCAAAUGUUCCACAGGAAAUACCCAAGCAAGCCGAGCCUGAUGAACUCUGCAUGGUACUUGUAAGGGAGUCACGUGAUUCCAUGGGGGAAACCUGGACUCCGGAAAUGGAUUAUGAAGCGGAAAUUUCAUUUGCAGAGGCUGAUAGAAGAUCUUCUCUAGUUAAAGAAAAUGCUCAUGUAGAAGAAAAUCCUCUUGUCAAUGGUAAAAGCGCCAGUAGCAAGAAAACUGCGGGUCCAACUACGAAGAAUCUAGGAAGGGACGUGAAAUCUAAAGUUAUGGCGGGAUCCCCUGCUAAGAACAAGCCCGAUACCUUAUCAAAGAACAAGAUGACGUCUUCUGCAAGUAGGUUGAUGGGUCAUAAGAGCAAGUUAGAGAAGGAAGAUGAUGUUCGUAAGAGAAUGGAAGAAUUACUGAUUCAACGGCAGAAGAGAAUUGCUGAAAGAACAGCUGCUUCUGGCACGACUCCUGCAUCUAAGAAAAGCCCAGUUGGAAGCAAAACAGCUCCUUCAAUGCUCGAGAAACAUCGGUCUAAAUCAAUGGUCCGCUAG